ACAUUAGGAAAGCGCUUUGGAUGUAUCUUCACAUGUUUACGAUACCGAGCAGUACACAUCGAAGUAGCAGAAGACUUAUCGACCGAUAGUUUCAUCAACACCGUCCUACGCUUUGUUGGUCGAAGAGGUGCACCUCGCAUCAUCUACAGCGACAACGGCACCAAUUUCAAAGGAUCAGAAGCUGACGUGAUCGAAGCUUUGAAGUCAUGGGACGUGGAAAGGAUCCAAGGUUCGCUAUCACGCAGAGGUGUUGAAUGGGUGUUGAAUCCCCCGUUAGCUAGUCAUCAAGGAGGCGUUUGGGAACGCUUAAUACGUUCAACUAAGAAGAUUUUGCGCUCAUUGGUCGGACAACGCGAACUAAAUGACGAAAGUUUACGUACACUCAUGGUAGAAGUCGAGAAAAUAAUGAACGACCGACCAAUUACGCCAGUCUCAAGUGACCCACACGAUUUAGAAGCACUUACCCCUAAUCAUAUACUCCUUCUACGUCAGAACCCUUCAACGUCAGCCGGUGAGUUUGACAGAUUGGACAAGUUCAAGGCAAGAUGGAAACACGUUCAGAUGUUAGCAGAUACGUUCUGGGAAAGAUGGAAAAAUGAAUAUUUGCCCACUUUACAGGAAACUCGAAAAUGGUUGAAGAAGAUGCCCAAUUUCAGUGUUGAAGAUUUGGUACUUAUGGUCGACAAGGAUGUUCCGAAAGGAUUGGUCAA